GUUGAUCUGGUACGUUGUCAGAUCCGCGUGGCCGAAGGAAAAUCUCUGGCUGAUGUACAUUUGCGUCAGGACGAGAUUGUGUCAAAUGCAUAUGCCAUCCAGUGCCGAGUUACUACAGAGGAUCCGGCCAAAGAUUUCCAGCCUGACUCUGGUAGAAUUGAGGAUCAACUUUUACGGUCUCUUAUGAUGGAGCUUUUGCAAACUGACAGCUUCUUUGGCCGGCAGGAUACAUGCAUGCUAUCUUCCAGUAUUCACCCUCUGGACAGGCACAAUGCGAAACCGGCGACACUUCUUGCUUCGUUCCGCUCGUCCUGA